AUGGCGGACCUCGAGGCCGUGCUGGCCGAUGUCAGCUACCUGAUGGCGAUGGAGAAGAGCAAGGCGACCCCGGCCGCCCGCGCCAGCAAGAAGAUCGUGCUGCCGGAGCCCAGUAUCCGGAGUGUGAUGCAGAAGUAUCUUCAGGAGAGAAAUGAAAUCACCUUUGACAAGAUUUUUAACCAGAAAAUUGGUUUCUUGCUAUUUAAAGAUUUUUGUUUGAAUGAAAUUAAUGAAGCUGUACCUCAGGUGAAGUUUUAUGAAGAGAUAAAAGAAUAUGAGAAGCUUGAGAAUGAGGAAGACCGCCUUUGCAGAAGCCGGCAAAUUUAUGACACUUACAUCAUGAAGGAGCUGCUGUCUUGCUCACAUCCAUUCUCAAAGCAAGCCGUAGAGCAUGUGCAAAGUCACCUAUCCAAGAAACAAGUGACAUCAACUCUUUUCCAGCCCUACAUAGAAGAAAUUUGUGAAAGUCUUCGAGGCAACAUUUUCCAAAAAUUUAUGGAAAGUGACAAAUUCACUCGAUUCUGUCAGUGGAAAAACGUAGAAUUAAAUAUCCAUUUGACCAUGAAUGAUUUCAGCGUACACAGGAUCAUUGGACGAGGAGGAUUUGGUGAAGUGUAUGGUUGCAGGAAAGCAGACACUGGAAAAAUGUACGCAAUGAAAUGCUUGGAUAAGAAGAGGAUCAAGAUGAAACAAGGAGAAACAUUAGCCUUAAAUGAGAGGAUUAUGUUGUCUCUUGUGAGUACAGGGGACUGUCCUUUCAUUGUCUGUAUGACCUAUGCCUUCCAUACUCCAGAUAAACUCUGCUUCAUCUUGGAUCUGAUGAACGGGGGCGAUUUGCACUAUCACCUUUCACAACACGGGGUGUUUUCUGAGAAGGAAAUGCGGUUUUACGCCACUGAAAUCAUCCUGGGGCUGGAACACAUGCACAAUCGGUUUGUGGUUUACAGAGAUCUGAAGCCCGCAAAUAUCCUCCUGGAUGAGCACGGACACGUCAGGAUAUCCGAUCUCGGUCUCGCCUGUGACUUUUCCAAAAAGAAGCCCCACGCAAGCGUUGGCACCCAUGGGUACAUGGCCCCCGAGGUGCUGCAAAAGGGGACAGCGUAUGACAGCAGUGCCGACUGGUUCUCCCUGGGUUGCAUGCUUUUCAAGCUUCUGCGAGGGCACAGCCCUUUCAGACAGCACAAAACCAAAGACAAGCAUGAGAUAGACCGAAUGACCCUCACCGUGAACGUGGAACUCCCAGAGGCCUUCUCGCCGGAACUGCGGUCCCUCCUAGAAGGCCUGCUCCAGAGAGACGCCAGUAAGCGGCUCGGCUGCCACGGAGGCGGGGCACAAGAAGUAAAGGAACACAUCUUUUUCAAAGGCAUCGACUGGCAGCAAGUCUACUUACAGAAGUACCCUCCACCCUUGAUUCCUCCCCGGGGAGAAGUCAAUGCUGCUGAUGCCUUUGACAUUGGCUCAUUUGAUGAAGAGGAUACCAAGGGCAUCAAGCUUCUUGAUUGCGACCAAGAUCUCUACAAGAACUUCCCCUUGCUGAUCUCGGAGCGCUGGCAGCAGGAAGUGGCAGAAACAGUUUAUGACGCAGUGAAUGCGGACACGGAUAAAAUUGAGGCCAGAAAGAGAGCUAAAAAUAAGCAACUUGGACACGAAGAAGAUUAUGCUCUGGGAAAGGACUGUAUCAUGCACGGGUACAUGCUGAAGCUGGGGAACCCGUUCCUGACUCAAUGGCAGCGUCGGUAUUUUUACCUCUUUCCGAACAGACUUGAAUGGAGAGGAGAGGGAGAGUCCCGGCAAAAUUUACUGACAAUGGAACAGAUUCUGUCUGUGGAAGAAACUCAGAUUAAAGACAAAAAGUGCAUUUUGUUGAGGAUAAAAGGAGGGAAGCAAUUUGUCUUGCAGUGUGAGAGCGACCCCGAGUUUGUGCAGUGGAAGAAGGAGCUGACCGAGACAUUUACGGAGGCUCAGCGACUCCUGCGCCGCGCCCCCAAGUUCCUCAACAAGUCCCGGUCCAGCGUGGUUGAGCUCUCGAAGCCUCCCCUCUGUCACAGGAACAGCAACGGCCUCUGACGCCCGGGACAGGAGGGUCCUGGGGAGACGGGGCCUCGAGGAAGCCCGUACCGGGGGUUUUCCGCCCUUGAGAGGGAGUCUUUUGGAGAAGUCCGGGGGUCAGAGGUUCGGUCCUCUUGUCCCUGGGGCCCUUCCACGGCUGGGAGGACCCAGGACGCCGAGGUGCUCCUAAUAGGAGCUGUGACCAUGGUCCGGCCCAGGCCGGCCUCCCUCCCCUUCUGAUGCCUCCUGCACAUGACAUCUGUCCACUCUCAAAACUACUGAAGAAAGAAACAAAAGUUCUUUCCCUUUCUUACACACUUGUUUGGGUAGACGUGAACCUAGAACUUGAAAUGAUUCCUCCUUAUCACUUCAGUUUGUAUGUCUGAUAUCAAACGUAUCUUAGACUUGCCAAGAUGGAGUGCAGCCCUCUGUGGCGGCAGGUGCCGGGUGGCCCGAGCGCUGCCCUGUGUCCUCUGCUGGGCUCACACAUGUCCGCUCCGCACUCCUGGGGGACGGGAGGUCAGCACGCGUUUCCUCUGUGCACUGCAGCACCGACCAACUUCUUGAUGCCCCACGUGGCGAGCUGAAGAUGCUUUCUGAGAAGCUUGCCCUUGGGCCCCCACCGAGUGUGCGGCACCACCCAGGUACCUGCCUGCCUCCGACAGGGAACAGAGGGAGCGUGCCCUCAAGAGGACUUGGGAGUCGCUCAUGACUGACGGCGUUCAACAGUGGACCAUUGGAAGGCUUCGCAGGGAUUCUGAAGGACAGGCAGCAGGGUUUUAACUUUCAGGGCAACAGUGAUUUUCAAAAAUCUUCAAAUAAACAAAUCGCACUUUCACGUGUCUGGGUGCGCACGGACGCUUGGGGGUGAGUCUGUCUUGGGCUCCAACAAUAAGCAGUUAUAGGACAGGGUCAUUCUGGUUCCUUCUGCCUGCCCUCGGGACACAUAUCCGUAACGGAUGUGUGUGUAAAGGAAGGAAAGAAUUGCUCUGUUUCACGUUGUAGUAUAAUUUAAAAUGAAUUUUACUGACAAAAGAAUGCUGAAGAAUGAAUGUGUUGAAAUGA